AUGCAGAAAAACGAGUCAGUAGUCCAUUUCUGUGAAAGAUUUGAUGCAAUUGUUAGAGAAUACGAAACUUGUGGUAGCGGAGAACCACUAACUGCACAAGAGCUGAGAUCAGCUUUUUAUCAAGUAGUUACACCCAUAAUACCCCAACUAAGAGACGCUGAUUCAAUUAGAAGAACUAAUUCAAAUGAAAUGAGCUUGGAAGAAAUAAAAUCAUUCAUUUUACAGUUAGAGGCAGAGAAGAGAAGCGAGUCACAAGAGGUCGAAGCGAACAGAGUAAACACCAACUCCAAAGUUGGCAAGUGUCACCGCUGCUCAAAAUUUGGUCACUGGGAGAAGGAAUGCCCAUUAAAACCAAAAAAAUUAUGGCAUUGCUACAUUUGUGAGUCUGUAGUAGAUCAUAAAGGUACAGAUCACAACUCCGGAUCAGUUAAACUGAAUAAGAGAUCUAGUUUGAUUAGAGGUAAAACAUUUAAAACUCAUGAUAAUUUUAAAUCUAAACAAACUAAGAGAUAUGACUCUAAUAACAAAAGAGAUUAUAAAACUAAAACAAAUGGGUUAGAGAAUCAAGAGAUGAAAGGGUUUAAAAAUAAUAAAAAUAACUACAAAAACAACAACAAUAAAGAUAAAGAGUCAAGAAACAUCAAAGCUAGAAGAGUAAAAGAUUCAGAUGAUGAGAGUGAACAGUCAAGAAGCACACAAAGGAGCAAACUAAAUCAUUCGACGAGUACGACACGUACUGCUGCAGAGCUGUGA